CUUCGACUCUGAUUUGGACCGAAACUUUCUCUCUCCGAUGCGCACCGUAGCCCCAACUCUUUAGAUAUACAUGACCGGUGGGCCACGUGUUCCACCCUGCACUGCUGGCCAGUGGACGGCGGGUCCCACGCGGCCUCCGGAGGUACGCGCGAGGUCCCCCAGUGGACGGUACGAAGAGGGCUUGCUAGAGGGCGGAGUGUACACUCGGGGGAGGGGGGAAGGGACGAAGGGAUCUGUGCGCCGUACAUCAUAAUGCUACAGAAUCAGAGAGAACGUUGGGGGCGCAUCAAGUCUACGAUAUCUGCGCGCGUCAGUAUUGGUGAGA